GAGGAAGGAAUACAAACACUUUAUGGCUCUGCUGAUUCGUUAACCGUGAACGAGGUUGCAGAAACUUCAAGGACUGCGAAGCGUAGACCCACUCCAAACGAGUUGGAAUUUGGGCUGUUUGUCCGCCGCCUAACACAAGAUCAACUCGAUCAUCGACUGCCUAUCACGCAACAACCUCGUUCCAUACUGAGCCAAAUUGAGCACGCUUGUCGCCGUGAAUUCCCUCAGUUCGACUCAAAACAAAUUCGGUUGAAAAUACGGGCGCAAUUGAAACUUCACCGAAGGAAUAUCAAAAGGUCCCAAAUCAGGACGAGUCUGAAUGCCUCAAAACAGUUGAAACGCAACAGACUGAGACCACUUCUACCUUUGACGCCCUUGGAAGGGCCUUCAACAUCUUCAACUGGACCUCCUGUGCGACCCUGUCCAGGAAUAUCAGAAUCCUCUGGUCAAAGUGACUUAUAUUCACAACAAGCCGCGAAAUUCGAUAAAGAUUCGGCUUUACCAAAUAUCUUCGUAAACGCAAUGCUUCCUCCUAUCGCUAUCUCGUCUCUGUGCAAUACACUGAGUCCUGCGAUGCUGUUCCCACAGUCGUUUCAGGGUAAAUCCACACCUCUCCAAACAACUGAAGCUGCAUAUUCGAUCGCUGGUCAUCCUCUCUUAUCAGCUAUU